GUCGAAGCGCACCGGUUCUUGAAUGAAGGCGCGGACGGCUUGCGGAUGCUGGUGAAUAACGCCGGCUUCAAGGAGCCCCCGCAGAGUGAGCCCCCGCAGAGUGACGAAUUGACAUCCAGCAUUCGCACGAAAUAUGGUGUGAGCCGAACCUGGCAAGUGAACUUCCUGGCUCCCUUCCUGCUCACGGAGGUCAUUUGCCGGCUUCGGGAGACGGAUGCUGGGCGGGCAAGGGGCAAGGAAGGGUCGCCCCUGCCGGCCAGUGUCAUUAACGUGGCCAGUGGCCACGAGUCAGAGUCCAACUUGGAUGAAGCUUUGCUGGAUGCACUAGCAGGUGAGAGAGAGACGACGAGCCAUGAGUAUGCAGACUCAAAGCGAGCGUUGCUGUUGUGGACCUCUGUCCGCUCUCAAAGCCUCGCUCUGAAGGGCAACUUGUUUGCUCAUGCGGUCUCACCCGGCAAAGUGGACACCAGGUUCGGUUGCGAGCACAUCCCCUGGUGGCUAUGGAUUUGGUCUGCGCCGGCGAGGAUGUUGAUGUUCCGGACCGUGUCUGAGGGAGCAUUGUCCAUUGCAACAGCUGGCCUGCGGAAGCACGCCACCAGCAAGUUUGGUCAGUAUUUUCGUGAGGAGCAGCUGGUCGAAGACCUGGUCAUCUGGCGAAUGCCGGAGAAGCGAGUGUCGGUGCAGCUGGUGAGAUGGGCGUCCCAGGUGACCUCACUGAAUCCGCGCAUGGGUGGCCGGCCACUGGACAUCGGGGGUCGCUCGCUGAGUGUCACAGACCUCGUGAACAAAGCUGAGGAGGACAUCUGGUCGUCCAGUGAGCGACGAUGGCGCUUUCAGGAGCGGCAGGUCAGCCCGCCGAACGCAGGCCGCGGAGUUGGCGGCUACGAUUCGCGCGAGCCUGCCAAGCUUGUCGAUGGCCCCUACAUGGUUCUGCAGGUUCUAAGCACUUGGAACUUCGAUGUUCUGGGCCACGAGCUCAAUGUCUCCGACAUCAAAGCCCUGGACUCGUGCGCCCAAAUUUCUCUUUCCCAUGUGAGGAAGUAG